AUGGAAGAAAGUCAAGAAGAACUCACAAGUCAAGAGAGUGAAUCUCAUAAGCAGAGAGGGAUUUCAGAGACAGAGAUUAAUCAGAUAAAAGAAACUUUCCAAAAGGAAAUUGAAUCAAUCAAUUUUAAAUUCGAAAAACUUCAGCCAAUCUUAGGCAUCAUUGAAGACUUAGACGGAAAGAGUUUAUUCUAUCAACUUCUUCAACAAGAUGAGGAGAAUCAUGUAGGCUUGAUCAUGGAGAAGAUUGGGCUUGAUCAAUACCAUAAAUAGACAAGACUUCAACAGGAAGAUUUCAGAAUACUGUAAAACUAAAAUGGUUGAUGGGAAGAUUCACAAAAAUGUUGAUGAAGUAAAUGAAGACAUGCAAGAAUUACAGAAUAAAAUUUACGAACUUGAAGUUCGUCUCAAUGAAGAUUCUAGAUCAACAAAGAACCAAAUAGAGACAAGAUUUGGAGAGCUUGAAGUCCAUCUUUCAAGCUUAGUAAAGAGUUCAUCUACAAAACUAGAAUCAGAAGACUUCGAUAGAUUCAAAGACUCUAUGAAGCUGCUAUAUCUCACAAAAGCAGACUCUUUGAAGAUUUGGCAUAACUUUGAUCAUUAUUUGAAAGAGCAGGAAUUUGUUCGUCAGGUCAACGAAUCUGAAAAUUACAAACUACAGAUCAAAAACGAAAUCAAGCAGAUUAACGAACUUAUCCAGAGUGAUGUCAGGAAUGAGAUUCUAAGAACUUCAAAAGAAUUUGAAAACAAAAUAAAAACCCAGAAUAAUUUCAAUGACAAAACGAAGACAAAAGUUGGAAAUCUUACACAUAAACUCAGUGAGUUACAGCACGGAUUGAGGGAUCACACUGAUGCACUUAAAGCAGUCAAAAAGGAACUGAGAAAGAAAGAUAAUAUCUCUGAAGUUGAUAAGAUAAGAGCUAAAUUAAAAGACGCAGGCGUUGUCAAAGCAGCAGAUCUGCUACUACUUAAGAAGAUCAGAGAAGAAACUCUCCCUCAGGUUGAAGAUAUCGAGCAAAGCAUAAGAGGCAUGAAUUGACAAAUUUAUAACCACAAAACCAUUUUGGCAAGAUUUGAUGAAAUCCUCUGCUCCAAGGCAUCAAAGAUUUCAUUCGAAGAAAUUUUGAAACAGGGCAAACAAAAUCAGACAGAUCUCAAAAAAUUGUUUGAAUUCAAAGAGGAUUCCUUGGAAUCUAGGAAGAAGUUACAAACAGAAAUAGAGCAUCUGAAUGUCACCCUGGAAGAAUUUGAAAAACAGAUGAGAGUUAUUAUAUCUACUUUCCUCAGGAAGGAAGUUAACAAAGUUCAAACUGACUUAAAGAACUCUAUUUUUCAAGGCAAUAUCACCAGGGAUCAAGUCAAAGAGCUAGUCGAUAAAAAAGUUGAUAAGAUAGAAUUCAUUGCUGAUAUGGAACAAAAAUCAAAUAAGAAUGACCUUUACAUGCAUAUGCAGUCAAUAGACAUAAUCCAUAAGCAGAUGAAGUCGAUAAUAGCACUAUUUGUAGAAAUGAAUACUCAGAGAUGUAACUCGAUGACUCAGAAGGAGCUAUCUGAGAAAGUUUUACUGAAGCAGAAGUCAAAUCUUUUAGACUAUUCAAAACAGGUCUUAAAAUGGAUCAACUUGUUUGACCCUCAAAAUAUAAACAAUGAAGCCUUGUUACUCCCACAAUUUGUUAAGUUCAAUAAAUUGAUGGCUAAAACAGCUAGGAAUUCUGGGAGAACUUCUCCUGCUUUAUUAUUCCCAGAAAACCAGCCUCAAAAAGAUCCAGAAUCACCAUCUCUCCUCCAAAAUUCUCCCUCAAGUAUCACAAAAUUCAGAGGUCCCAGAAAAUUCAGUCUCUUAUCCAAAGAUCACAUCAACAGCACUAUAAUCCACGACAGCUCCGACGCUAUAAAUCUCAGCAAGAACAAAGCUAUCAACACCUCAUUCGAGCCCAUCAGCCCUAUUGAAGCUAGCGCUACUUUAGACAAACGAAUGGCUACAAGGUACACUCACAGAAGGACUCAGAGUAAAAACCAGCCUCUUAACCGUUUCCUUGCCAAGAAGUUUUCAAAGGCCCUCAAAAGGCACCAGGCCAAUCAGUUCUAUACCAGGACUUUUAGUAUAAAUAAGCAGUUGUAAUCUUGAUUGGGGAUGAACCAC